UUUCCUUCAAAGCCAAAAUUCCUUUAAUCAGUUCAAAUCCCACCAAUUUCUCACAAAUCAGAAUGCAAUACUAAAACAUUUUUUUCAAGAACGCAGAAUCCUCUCAAAAUAUUUUGUCUUUAAUCAGUUCAGUUCAAUUCAGUUCACAAAAUUAAUGGAUUCAAACCCCAGUUCUCAAACCAAAUCAGCCUUGCGCCUCGCAAGAAUGAGCUCUGAAGAGCCGCCACAUCUUUCUCUAGACCUCAUAUCUCCUCCCAAGAAACACUCUUCGGUAUCUCCCGCUCUUCCUCUCCCAGAAUUACUCUUACUCUCACCUUCUCCGUUGAGAAAAUCAAGAACCCGUUUAGCGGAUCGUCUUGAUGCGGCUGAGGAGGUGGCUCUGGAAUCAACUGGGUCUCGUAGGAGAUGCAAAACAAGAGGAGCUCAAAUGGGCAUAUCCGGUUGUGGGUCUCCGAGGAAUAACCGGAGGCUAAGGAGACGAUCGGAGAUUGAGAUAAUGAGAGAAGAGAGAGACAUUGGGUUAGUGGAUGAGAUUGGGAAACUAAGAAAAAGGAGGCAUAGCGUGCGGUCAAAGAAAGAGAAGCUUAGUUUGGUCCCUUGUGUUCCUUCGUCGAGUUUAUCUCCAAAAAUGGAUGAUGGUGGUCACGGGAAUCUUGAUCGAAUCGGGCAUUUGUUUGUUGAUUUGAUAAUGUGGAGAGAUGUUGCAAAGUCGAGCCUUUGGUUUGGUCUUGGAUGUUUAUGUUUCUUGUCUUCUUGUUUUACAAAAGGAGUCAGCUUUAGCAUCUUUUCGGCAAUUUCGCAACUUAGUUUUCUGUUCUUGGGUGCUUCAUUCUUCUCAAAUUCAAUUUUGCAAAGAAAUAAUGAUGGGAAGAAGCGUGAGUUUAAGCUGAAAGAAGAGGACAUUUUGAGAUUCGGUAGACUAAUUCUUCCAGCCACAAACCUUGCAAUUUCAAAGACAAGAGAGCUUUUCUCAGGAGAGCCAUCAACGACCCUCAAAGCAGUUCCAUUUUUGCUUCUAGGAGCUGAGUAUGGCCAUAUUAUAACAAUGCGGAGGCUUCUUGCUCUUGGGUUUUUUAUCAGUUUCACUGUCCCAAAACUGUACUCAUGCUAUUCUGAUAGGAUAAACCAAAAAGCUGAUAAUAUGAAAUCUUACAUGCUCGAAGCAUGGGGAGCUUGUUCUCACAAGAAGAUUUUGGCAGCAUCAGCAGUCAUGGCCUUCUGGAAUCUGUCCACUGUAAAAACACGUAUUUUAACAGCAUUUAUCUCUUUGGUAAUACUCCGGUACUGCCGGCAACAUCUAGUGCCAAAACGGGAAGAAGUGGAAACAGUUGAAGGGGGGGAGCAAGAGCAGCAGCAAGCAUUGGUGGUGGCAGAAGUUAGGGAAGUCCAGAAGUAGCAGUUUUUUUUGUUUCUCUGUGCAUUUCUAACGCCAAAUAAGAUGUUAUUUUAAAAGAGAGAUGGGGGCAUUGUAUUUCCACAAAAGCUAAGCUAACACUUGCUCUGGUGUAACAUAACAGUUCACUCAUCCAUGUAAUAAGUAUAAUAAAUUUCUUUUCUUUU